CAGGACCGGGGCCGGACACCUCGAGGCUGACCUGCCCUCGAAGUUGCAGCCGGCGUGAGAGGUAAAAACACGUGCCCUCCCUUCGCUGGCUACGGCUGAUGGAAACUGCACAGAAAACUCAUGCAAGUGAUACUUACAAUACUUACAGCUUUCUUGACCGGAGUCAGCAUUCAGAUAUUAAAACAGAUUGCAAUUCCUGCGUGGAAGUAGAGGACAGAAAAGUUUCAAGGCAACAGAUGAAUUGUGAAAGAGACCAACUAAGGGGUAAUCAGGAAGCUACAGCAGCUCCUGACACUAUGGCACAGCCUUAUGCCUCCGCCCAGUUUGCUCCCCCUCAGAAUGGCAUCCCUGCAGAAUACACGACUCCCCAUCCUCAUCCUGCUCCAGAGUAUACAGGCCAGACUACAGUCCCAGAGCACACGUUAAACAUGUACCCUCCAGCGCAGACGCAUUCUGAACAGAGUGCCACGGACACGAGUGCGCAGACUGUCUCCGGCACAGCCACACAGACAGAUGAUGCAGCACAGACUGAUGGCCAGCCUCAGACACAACCUUCUGAAAACACAGAAAACAAAUCACAGCCCAAGCGGCUGCAUGUCUCAAAUAUCCCCUUCAGAUUCCGGGAUCCGGACCUCAGACAAAUGUUUGGGCAAUUUGGUAAAAUCUUAGAUGUUGAAAUAAUUUUUAAUGAGCGAGGCUCAAAGGGAUUUGGUUUCGUAACUUUCGAAAAUAGUGCCGAUGCGGACAGGGCGAGGGAGAAAUUACACGGCACCGUGGUAGAGGGCCGUAAAAUCGAGGUAAAUAAUGCUACAGCACGUGUAAUGACAAAUAAAAAGACAGUCAACCCUUAUACAAAUGGCUGGAAAUUGAAUCCAGUUGUGGGUGCAGUCUAUAGCCCUGAAUUCUAUGCAGGCACGGUGCUGUUGUGCCAGGCAAACCAGGAGGGAUCUUCUGUGUACAGUGCCCCCAGUUCACUAGUAUACACUUCCACAAUGCCUGGCUUCCCUUAUCCAGCCGCAACUGCAGCUGCUGCUUACAGAGGAGCCCACCUCAGAGGCCGUGGCCGUACAGUCUAUAACACCUUUCGAGCAGCGGCUCCUCCUCCCCCAAUCCCAGCCUACGGAGGAGUAGUGUAUCAAGAGCCUGUGUAUGGCAAUAAAUUACUGCAGGGUGGUUAUGCUGCCUACCGGUAUGCCCAACCCGCCACCGCCACUGCGGCUGCCUACAGUGACAGUUACGGACGAGUUUAUGCUGCCGACCCCUACCACCACACACUUGCUCCAGCCCCCACCUACGGCGUUGGUGCCAUGAAUGCUUUUGCACCCUUGACUGAUGCCAAGACUAGGAGCCAUGCUGAUGAUGUGGGUCUCGUUCUUUCUUCAUUACAGGCUAGUAUAUACCGAGGGGGAUACAGCCGUUUUGCUCCAUACUAAAUGACAAAACCAUAAAAACCUUCCAAUGUGGGGAGAAAGGAAGCUUUCCGAGGCCCGGGUAUUGCAAUACAUGCAGUAGUGCAUCAUUUUAGCAACUCUAAAAAGAGGAAAAAAUUACAUUUUUUAUCUUAUACCUCAGAUAUUUUGUUCUGUGUAUUUUAAUAUUGUGGGUCUUUAAUUUCUGAAGGUUCCGUAGUUUGAUUGCUGGCUGUAGAAGUUUUUGUGGUUGAUCUAGAAAGCUGCUAGAUAUGAAUAAAAACUGUUUUAGGGCCACAAUCAAGAGUGCUAUAUCAUGUAAAUGAAUUAUAUAUGCUGAAUAUUAAGCUAUUGGGAUUAUCACAUGUUUUGUAAGAGUGUAAGUGACUACAGUAGUCAUUUUUUCUGCAUCUACAUUUAUUUUAGUUUAUGAAAAGGGAGGGGUGGGAGGGAAACAGGGAUAAAGGGAUUGGGGGUGGGGGUUGGCUAAAAAAAAAGUAAUUAAAUUGAUGAAGUUAAAACGGGCCCCACUGCACCAACUAUCAUUUAUCAGCUGUCGUAAAUUAUUCACUUGUUUGUUCCAAGCCAAAGGUUAUGUUGUUAUAGGGGGUGCUUCUAGAGACACUUGUACAUACAAUCUGAUUAAAGCUGUCCAAGCCUACCCUUUUAAACCAUUCCACCAAGCAGUCUUCAGCUAUUUAAUCAUAACUAGUUAUUUAGGCAAAACUGCUAUUUAGGCCAUUAAUAAGCAUUCUUUUUAUAUUUCUUCCAGUAUAAUAAAUUAUUGAUAUCAUUGCUGACUUUUAUAUUAUGGGAGGGAAAAAAACAUUAAUAAAAAGGUGAUAAAAGCACUGUUUCUAUUUUUUUCUUUUUUUCCAAAAAAGAAAGUAAUAAAAACUUAAAUUCUUUGUACCAGUAAAAAAAUGUAUAAAAUUUACAUCUGUGCAGUGGAGUUGUUAAGUUCUAGAAACACAGCCUAUGAAGCUUUAGAUUUAGCCUAGUAGAAAAACUGUUAGAGACAGACGUAUCAUUUUUACGGAAUUACAUGAUAAUCAUAUUCAAAUUUAUAUAAGCAUUUUACAAGUAUUACAGUCAUUGAGUAGAGAUAAUCAUGGUAUUUUCAUCAGCUUGGUACUUUUUGAAACAUGACUGUGUCGUGUAAACAAUCUGCAAUUUUUCAAUCCGUGACAACCUGUCCCCUCCCUUCUGUAUCCCACCUACCAAAAAAAGAAAAAUCCCAACCAACACCUUUUUAGUUCAUCGUCAGGCCCAGGACAAAUUUCAAAUGGGAGCAAAAAUAGGGCCACCUUCUCCUUCUAGAGCAUCAUGCACGAAAGUGACAAACCUGGGUUGCUUGGAAACUAGCUCAUCUACUUCACCUGGGGAAGGGGCCAAAGGUGGCAGAUUCAAACACAGUUGAAAAACUUGCAGUUUGUCUGUGCAUAUGUUUGGACUCUUUCCAUGUUGUCCUGUUUACAAGUUAACCUGAGUUGGGGUGUUUGUCACGGGUCUUCCUGUUUUUUGUAUUUAAAUAAAUAAAGCAGGAAACUGUCUCCAUGCAGUUUUGCUGCUAAUAGUUAUAUUCUCAUGUGUACUAGUGCAUGCCCCAGGGCAUGCACUUUACUAAGUUAUCAACUCACCGCUGUGAACCUGCCAACUUGCUAUAACAACUCUGCUUUAACAAAAAACAAAAAACAAAAACAAAAAACAAAAAAAAAAAAGUGUUUGUGAUCCAGCUUCCUCUUGUCAUCGUAUGUGCAUGCAGUAUGAUCAGUUGGACAAUAAACCAUCAAUAAAGUUUCACAAGAUUUGAAAACAAAGUUUCUGUAGCAUUGAUAUCUAAGACUGAAAAUAAACUCUCAAAAAGAAAAAGAUGUUAAUGAACAAAAAAGGGGUAUAUGACAUAAAUUUCUACUGCUUGGGGAAUGAUAUAGAACUAAUAUGACAUGCUCAUUCCUCCACCUGUUAAACCAAAUGUGUGAAAAGACAAGUGGCCUGGAAAAUAAUCUUAAGGAAAUUAAAUUUUCCAUAAUGCUAAGGCAUUCCAAUUGGAACAAUAAAAAAUGGGGAAAUUUUUUUCCUACGUAGCUUCAAAUGAAAAAAUGUGGAAAUGCCAUUUUUUAAAUCACACACACAAAAUAAUAAACAUGUUGGUAAUUAUUUUCAAUUUUGAUUUCCACUGAUAAGAUCUACUCCCCCUGUGAUUUAAGUAGUUUUAAUAAAAUCAUUUAAAAGAUGUGGGUGCCGACCAAUGAUGCAGAAUAUUUUGUUUAGAAAGCUCCUACAAGACUCCAAUAAGUCAUUUUAAAAUGUAUGUCUGAGAUGUAAGAAAAAAAAAGGUUUGUUUUUUUUUUUACAGUAUAUAUUGGGAAUGUUUUCACUUAUAUAAAUAAUUACUGAUAUUAUGAAUUAUGGGGAAAAUUAAUACCAUGUGUGGCAUAUAGUGACUUCUAAACAAAAAAAAAAAAACUGCAAACCCAGAAAAUGUGUAUAUCUGUCUUUAGAAAUUAGUGUUUAUAUCACUACAGUGGUUUGUGAAUAAAGAAAACUGGUUUGUAAUAUUAAAAAAUAAAAGCUUAGUCUGAAAAGGUA